GACUGGAAUGGAUCUAAUCAGCGCCAAACGGACAUGGAUUCUCGCAAUUCCAGUGCUUUCAGACCUGCCACGGACCUCCGAUCACAGCGCUUGACUGCUUCGUCCUAUCUCGACGUUAUCUCGACUCUUGCGUCUCCAAAAUCCUUCCUGUUCAACAACUCUCACGGCACAACCCCUCCUCCUCGUCCUCCUCAACCCCAUCGCUGGCCGACGACGAUGGACAAGGCGCACCAACCCAGCUCGUUUCAGCAGCUGGAAAAGCUCGGAGAAGGAACAUAUGCCACCGUUUUUAAAGGGCGAAAUCGCCAGACAGGCGAGCUGGUAGCGCUGAAGGAAAUUCAUCUCGAUUCCGAGGAAGGAACGCCGUCCACCGCCAUUCGAGAGAUUUCUCUGAUGAAGGAAUUGAAACAUGAGAGCAUCGUAUCCCUCUACGACGUAAUCCACACGGAAAACAAGCUCAUGCUUGUCUUUGAAUAUAUGGACAAGGACUUGAAGAAAUACAUGGAUACCCGAGGCGAUCGGGGCCAACUGGACCAAGCAACCAUCAAGUCAUUCAUGCACCAACUCAUGAACGGCAUUGCCUUCUGCCACGAUAACCGGGUGCUCCACCGAGAUCUCAAGCCGCAAAACCUCUUGAUCAAUAAAAGGGGACAACUAAAGCUCGGGGAUUUCGGCCUUGCGCGUGCCUUUGGCAUCCCCGUCAACACCUUCUCUAAUGAAGUCGUGACUCUCUGGUACCGUGCUCCCGACGUCCUUCUGGGCAGCAGGACCUACAACACGAGCAUUGACAUCUGGUCUGCUGGGUGCAUUAUGGCGGAGCUCUACACGGGCCGGCCCCUGUUCCCGGGAACCACGAACGAGGACCAACUGCAGAAGAUUUUCCGUCUUAUGGGCACGCCCUCCGAGCGAACCUGGCCUGGCAUCUCGCAGCUUCCGGAAUACAAGCCCAACUUCCAUGUGUAUGCAACACAAGACUUGGGCAUCAUUCUCCCCCAGAUCGACCCUCUCGGUCUGGAUUUGUUGAACAGAAUGCUCCAAGUACGACCGGAAAUGCGCAUCAGUGCUCAUGAUGCCCUCCAGCACCCAUGGUUCCAUGACCUCCCUCAGCUCCAGGCCCAGUUGCAACAGCAGCAACAGCAGCAGCAGCAGCAGCAACAGAUGGCGGGAGGGUACGGAGGAAUGGUUCCGCCGCAACAGCCGUACUAAAUUGUGACAUACCGGGAUUUUCUUUCUGUUUCCCUUUGCCUGCAUUUAUUCAUCUUCCUUUUUUUUGCCUUGGAGGUUCAUGAGUUUAUUUUUGUUCCAAAGACAUAACAAGAGACCUAGUUUUAGAUAGGAGCGCGGCGUUUAAGACAUGAGAUAGGGUAACGAACUCUUGUUUCUUUUUUUUUUUCCUUUCUGUUUCUUGUGGAAUAUGUGUGAGCUAGAGGAUAAUCAAAAAGAACCAGCCUGAUCAAUAUAAUUAUUAUCAUUC